AGAAAUUUAACCUGUGAUUUUAGCUCUAUGAUUGUCUUCACGAGACUAGCGUUUGGGAAUCAAGUGGAGAAAAUUGUCUGCGUUGUCUGCCAUCUGCAUUACAGAAUAAUCAUUUGUGCAGAAACACCUUGUCGAGAAGGAGAAUGGCCAGACUGUAAGGAAGGCUGCGGCAACUCAAAUAACCACUCUUUACUACCGUGCUAAGCAGAAAAGCAUCUCAGAACACACAGUAUAUUGAUUGAACCGUGACGCGGAUGACCUACAGUAGCGGAAGACUACGUCAGGUUCCACUCCUGUCAGCCAAGAACAGGAAUCUGUGGGCACAAGAUCACCAGAACUGGACAGCUGAAGAUCUAACUAUCAAUCGAACGAUCAGGCGAUGUUCUCUAGCUGCAUAAAGAGGUACAGGUAUUCCUAUUAAAGUGGCCGCACAGAGACUGCAUCUGAGCCUGCAAGUGAUGCUCAUGGAGGGCUUUCCUGAUGCAAAUACGAGAUAUAGGAGGGAUAGAAGUGUUACAGAAGCAAAAGCCUGGUCAUGCGAGGACUCAAGACAGCACAUGGAGAAAGACUUUUACAUGGCAUCAAAGGUAUUCUGGAAAAUCAUGUGGCAUCUGAGUGCAGGGUAGUGUUGACCUCUACUGGGGAUAAUGCUGAGAGAUGAAAGGAGCACUUUGAGGACAUGAAUCCAGUGGGCAAGCCCUCUUCAGGAUCCAGUACCAGAUAUCUCUGAUGAUUUGAGAUCCAUUAAAGGAUAUUAAAGGAACCUAAAGUGUCUUUGUAAGGCUAAGGCACUACAGACUGCUCUUAGAUGUGAGUCUGGAAUUUUACUAGAGGGAUGAACACUGUUCUCCCAAAAGGUCUUCCCUCAAAUGUUGUUUUGAUGGUGGUGGUGGUGGUGGAGAGCGUUGUCUAAUAUGUGACUGUUCAGUUUGGUUGGUGUUUUCAUACUCAAUUUGGAAAAGUAGUUCCCAACCAUUCCAGUAAAAGGCAUAACCUAUAACAUGACCUUUAAUCUGUCAUCCAUUUUUAUGUAAAUCAGGGGCCGUGAAUAUGGCUCCAUUCAUUCAUUCGUCUUCAGUAACCGGGGUGGAUCCGAUGCCUAUUCCAUGAACACACUCUGUACAAGGUGGGAAUACACCCUGGAUGGGAAACCAGUCCAUUGCAGGGCACCACACACACUCGUCCAUCACUAGGGGCAAUUUAGAGAUGCCAACCCACCGGUUUUUGGGAGGUAAGAGGAAACCAGAGAACCUGGAGAAAACCCACAAGGACAUAGGGAGAACUCUUUAGAUGUGUUAAAUGGAGGACUUUUUUUGCUUCUUCGUCUAUCAUCUUUGAUCCACAGCACCUAGCACACCCUCACAUCCACCCACACGUGCACACGCAUCCACACAGCGCAUUCAGAGAAAAGGGUAUCAGGUGAAAAGAGGAAGAACACAACAUUGUUUUAAUUGUUAGACUGAAGUGAAAUAAACGCUAACACCCACGCCUCUCCUGCCUCUUUUUCCUCUCCUGCCUCUCAAGCUUCUCAUUUCCUCUCUAAAUCUCUUCAUUCAAAAUCCUUCGAUACCCCCAAAGUGCAGAAAUCUACAUCCAGAACCUGAAAUCCUGAUUGGGGUGCUUGCAUCAAUUUGAAGUUAUAGGGAUGUGUGUGGAUCAUUUUACCACACACACACACACACACACACACACACACACACACACACACACACACACACACACACACACACACACACGCUCCGUGGGCUGGGCCCGGCACAAUAAAGUUUCAAAUCUGGCCCACAAAAAUGAAUUUCGAAUAUGUGUUUUAGAUUAAAAUUUUUAAAAAAAUGUGAAAAAAAUUCCACUAUAAGGAGAAAAAUCCAGAAAUAAUCUCAUUUCAUUAUUUUUGUCUUCUUGUGUGUUACGUCUGAAGGGCAGUACUAAAUGAAAAAGAAGAGUUUUAAGCAAAAUAACAACAGUUUACACCGAUCGUCCUGUUCAAAAGUUUACCCCUCCCCCAACCCCCCUUCUUGAGCGUCAGUGAAUGUUUGCACCUUUUUGUACUAGUCGUGUACGAGUCCCUCAGUCGUCCUCAGUGUGAAGUGAUGGAUCUCAACAUCAUAUAGUCUCUGCUGGAAAGCCUGAAGUAUGCAGAAGGUGCUGGAAAAGUAAAGAAUGUGCAGGAUCUGGAGGAUUUUUCUGAAGAACAAUGGAUAGUUGAACUGCGCAGGACAAACAAGGGACUCAUGAACGACUAGCACAGAACGUAGAACACAAAAUAUAAACAUCUGAUAUGUGAAAAAACAAAAUGCAAUUUUUAUGAUCCUGCUCAUUGUUAUUAUUAUUAUUAUUUUAAAAAUGAUUAACAUUUUGCGUAUGUAAACUUAUGACCGCAACUGGUGUGAUGUGAUGUGUUAAUGGCUUCUUCUUCUUCUUCUUCUUCUUCUUUAUUAUUAUUAGUAGUCCAGCCCAUUUAUACCCCGUUCCCUAAACAAGUCUGACACCCCGACUCUACACUAACCAGCAACUAUACAAAAGAAGACGGAGAGAAGAUGUGCAGCAGUGAGGAUCCCUCAGAUCCCUCCUUCUCUCCUUGAAACAAAGCGCACAGCCCAGGACAGUUGUUGCGCAUCUGGAAGGCCAACGGCCCAGCACAUCACGUGACCGCUCUGCCAGUCUUUUACCACCUGAAUCGGAGCGCUAGAAUGAAACUCUGAUUUCGUGCUACAGCGCGCGCGCUCUCUCCUCCUCCUCCUCCUCCUCCUCCCCAAAGGUUUUCACGAGCUCCCGGGACUUCUGUCGCGCUUCCAGCUCGCGCCUUUCUCCUAACAUCCUGCCUGCGCAAUGAUGCAGAGCUCCAUCCUCUCCUGCCGAGAUGCGCGCUUCGACUGCGCCUACUCCGCCUCUACGUCGGCUCGCGCCACUGUUGACGUUUCCACGGCAACGCUCGUCUCCCUCUGGGACGCCGGUCGCUUGGACGACGCGGGUUGCCAGCGCGAGCUCCCACAGCUGGUUCCAGCGCACGGUGCUCUACGCGACUCCGUCUGGUCCGACCGGCUCUCCCCUCACCUCCAGCGGAACAAGCAGCUUCAGGACACCUUGAUGCAGAAAGAAGAAGAACUCGCCAGACUCCAGGAAGAGAAUAACAAACUCAAAGAGUUUCUAAACUCAUCGUAUGUGAAGUCUCUCGAAGACAAAUCGAAGACGCUUUUCUCUGUUCAGAGAAGCGCAGACGUGCAGCACAGGAAAAGAGCUCUACACCACGAGAGAGACUUCCUCAAUGUGAGUCGGCUGCUGCAGGGCGGCGAGGAGAAGCGGACGUGCCGUAACCUCUCUCUGGAGUUCUGCUCCGCCGAAGAGGUGGCUGAUACGCCUCCGCUGGACUCCUGGGUUCUUGAAACACUUGGACUGCAGGAUGAGGACACCAUCAACACGGACAGCAGUUUCAGCAGCCCUAUGACAGAGCACAGAGCGCCUUCCUUCAGCUCUCCAGCGCCGAGCACCGACCAUUUCAGUCCUGCGCUGCAGGACAGCACCAUGUACAGCCCUUACUCGGACAGCCACUGUGAAUAUAGCAGCGCAGUAGAGUCGUCAUGUGGCUUCAGCCACAGCAUGGACGACAGCGCAGAUUAUUUGGCUCUCGGCGCGUCACGGAUGUACACCGUCACGUCUACGGGCUCGCUCCAAGGUAUCGAAGUUCCUACCGGGCACUUCACCCCUCCCAAAGCGGCGUCGACUCCUCAGCGUUCGCACGUCCCGAGCUCAGAGCGGCUCCAUCACGGCCGCGGCUACGUGGACGAGGGUGCUCUGUUCUCGACGCCACACGCGACGCGCAGCAGAACGGACUUAGCGUUCAGCAUGUCGCUGAGUCCGCAGAACAGCGUCAAGACCCACACUUUCCCACAAGGACAGGCUUUCACACGCAGAGACUCACAAGGCGGAUGGAAUUUCACCUGGGUGCCUAAACAGUGUUCUUAAAACCAAUAUGUGAAUCGGAUAUUAUUAAUCUAUUUAAACAAAAUCAAAAUAAAAAACGGUUCUUGGGGACAAAAGACGUGGCAUGAGACAAAACGAAGCUAACCAUGAAAGCACUCUUACAAAUCAAUAAUAGGAAUCCAUUAUAUAUGACGUAUUUGAAGAAAUAUUGGUAUAAUUGGUUAAAUCUGGCUCUGAAUGAUUAACACGUGAUUAACACAGACUCUUUCUAUUAGAUGCUUAGGGGAAAAAAACAACAAUCAUCAAUAAACAAUAAUUCAAGUACACAGUGUUGCCUAAUUUCCUAACUUUCAGUCUGGCGUGCUAACUUUUGAAAAGUGGGAUGGUCUGAAUUGCUCCUCUCGCACAUAUCGAGUAUAAAUACAGUACACUGCUGAAAUACACACAGCGUCUAUUCAUCUUUCGAUACUCGUAUCUGGAUGUUAACCCUAACCUGAUACCAUUUCUCCUUCACACCUGUUUCAGUCUUUCCCUCCUUUUCCCUCACUCUUUCCCUCCCACUCGCUUUCUCACCUCUGUUUCUCCCGCCCCUAAAAGACAAAAGAGGGGGGGGUGGGGGGUUCCAGGUCUCAGGAGAGUCUCCCUCCCUGAUCUGCCCUGUGGGUCUGAGAUGGGCCACAUCCCUCCCGGGGGAGAUCUAAAACGGGAUGCUUCCAACCCUCUAUCCCUCCCUCGCUCAGCCUGGUGCGACCCACUCCUCCCCCGUGGGAACUCAGAACGGCAGGGAAAGUUGGGGCGCUGAAGCUAGCCGCGGAGGAACCUGGUGAGUGGUCUGUGCCUAAUGACACGGUUAAUCCCCCUACAGAUGCCC